CAUACUUUUGUUGUAUUUUAGGGUUUGGUUUCCUCCUUUUCAAUUUCUAUUUCCUUUUUCUAGUUUCUAAGUAAAUACAGUUAAUAAGUAGUACAAGAAAAUAUACAAAUACAAAGUUUCUUUUUUGUACAUUGAAAAAACCAAGUUAUUUCAAUAUUAUUAAAAUCAGAAGCAUUUAAUUAAGUUGAUAUUAGCUGUUAUGGACAUGGUGAUAACAAAUCUCCAACAGCAACGCAUGAUCACCGAGCAAUUGCGUCGUGAAGCGGCGAUAAAGCGUAUAAUGGUCAGCAAGGCUAUAGAUGAUAUUAUGAAAUACAUUACUGAGCACGAACAAGAGGAUUGCCUCUUGGUUGGUUUCUCAUCGCAGAAGUCUAAUCCCUUUCGUGAAAAAAGCUCAUGCACCAUUCUGUAAUAUUCCAUCAUGUUUAUAAUUGAAAUGUUCUAUUGUAUGUUAAUCUUUAACUUCAUUUAAAUUAUUCCAAAUUAUUUAUUUGGCUUCCAAAUGAUAACAUCAUAUAUUUAUUACCAUGAAUGAUAAGAAAUUUAUAAACAAAACUGUAAUAUAGUGAAUUAGAUGGCUAUUGUAUAAAAUGAUAACUUUACAGUACCGCGACGUGCCUCAUAUUUUACAGUAUGCAUAUACAUUUUUAGAAACAAUGUUAUACAUUUGUCUAUUAAUGCUCAAAGUUUUUAUACAAUGUUUCACAUAUCAAUAUUUUCAUAAAAGUUAAAAGAAGAAGAAGAAAGUAUUACUGUCGUCAAUAUAUGUUUCAUAAAUGUUACAACGAAUACACAUAAAUUGAAAACAAAAUAUACAAUAUAUGAGGUUCUAAUGAUAAUAAAACAUUUAUAAAAAGCA